CAAACCUCUAGACACCGUGUCUAGGUGGAGGAAGAUCGAAACGACAAAUGUCCCUCUUAACCAUAACUGUCUUUCUACCUCAAAUUGAAUUUGAAUAAUUGGUUUCUCCCAUCCAUAGAUGCACUUUAUUUUUUAAUAAUGUAAACUUAGAGUGCAAAAAUCGUAACUCCUGACAGCCUCGGUAAAAAGGGGAAACUGCACAACUAUUUUUGAGCACGUCUCGUUGUGUGACACGGAAAGCAGGUUUGAGAAUGCUUAUAAGUGAACAUUUGGAUGUAUAUACUUACCGUGGAGACCAUUCAAGAGAAUAGCGGUGCGAUCGGGAAUACAUAAAAUGCUGGUUUAAUUUAAUUGACAUGGUGUUGUCUGUGUGUUCACCCUGUCUAGAAGUAAUCCUAUUUAUGUCUGUGGUGCAUUACGUCACGUGACAAGUUUGUUUCAAAUGAUCAUUAAGUAAAUACAGCUUCUCGCGCUAGGCAGGGCUUCUUUCUUCAGAGGCGGACUGGCAGUUUGAAUUCUUCUUGGUUUGGCAGCGUACACAGAACUAGUGGCGAAUGUGCAUGUCCGGACAAAUAUAACAGGCCUGAUGCAACAUGGCUUCGAAUUCGGAAAUCCUGCACUUCAAGUUUUCAAACUAUGGGGAUUCAAUGCUGCAAAAAAUGGACCUCCUGAGAAAGCAAAACAGGUUUUGUGAUGUCACGGUGUACGUGAACGAUCUGGAGGUCCAGGGGCACAAAGUGGUCUUUGCUGCUGGAUCAUCUUUUUUGAGGGAUCAGUUCUUGCUCAGUGAUUCCAAGGAGGUUAAAAUCUCCAUCACCCAGAGCUCCGAAGUGGGGAAGCAGUUGAUGCUAUCCUGUUACACAGGCAUUCUCGAAUUUCCGGAGCUGGAGCUUGUGAACUAUCUGACAGUGGCAAGCUUCCUCCAAAUGGGUCACAUUGUGGAGCGAUGCACCCACGCAUUAUCCAAGUUCAUCAAGCCCAGUGAUCCUUUGAAGAGUCAAGGGGUGCAGAAAAUGGGUUCUUCAGACCCCCUAGAGGACCGGUCCACUGCUGCUGUGACAGUGGAAGAAGUUGAGGAGGAAGGAGAUGAGGAGGAGGAGGAAGUGAUCAUGCAGCCCAGUUCUCCAAACAUCCAACAGGUAGAUGACAAUACCGAUGGGGAAGACAAUGCAAUCACCAUCGUAAAGGUUGAAUCCAUCAGUGAAGCAUCUAUGGCCAACACUAAGCUUCAGAACCACUUUCCUUCAUCUGCACAAGCCUCAUUACACACUCCUGAGCCUCAGCAUUCCCUUAUUAACUCCACAGUGGAGACAAGAAUUGGGGACAUAGUGUCACGCCAGUCACAGAGCUACAGUUCUGCUGCUAGUUCAGAUAGCAUGUUUGCUGGGAAAAACACAUUUGGGGGCCACUCAAGGACACAAGAUAAAUGUCUCCAGUGGUACCACCAGUGCCCCAAAUGUACCAGAGUCUUUCGCCAGCUGGAAAACUACGCCAACCACCUGAAGAUGCACAAGCUGUUCAUGUGCUUGCUGUGCGGCAAGACGUUCACCCAGAAAGGCAACCUCCACAGACACAUGCGGGUUCAUGCGGGCAUCAAACCUUUCCAGUGCAAGAUCUGUGGCAAGACGUUCACGCAGAAAUGCUCUUUGCAGGAUCACCUGAACCUGCACAGCGGGGACAAGCCCCACAAAUGCAACUACUGCGACAUGGUGUUCGCACACAAGCCUGUGUUACGAAAGCACCUCAAGCAGAUCCACGGGAAAAACAGUUUUGACAAUGCAAAUGAAAGGAGUCUCCAAGACGUUCCGGUAGAUUUUGACUAUAGUAGAGUUCACAACACCGAUGCAGAAAAUGCAGACCACAGCCUUGGGAACUGAUGCGAUAUUCUAGUUUAAGACUGAUAAAAAGAUUUUCCGAAAGAGUUGGAUAUUUACAGUAUGUAAAAAGACUGAAACAUUUGUAACAGGACGGGGGCUCAUUUGCAUCUGUGGUUUUAGAGCUUUUAACCUCAUCUCAUCUCACCGUCAGGGGACUGGACAGAAUCUGUAACAGCAGUGUCACACACAAUACUGCCCUCUACACGUGGAAUUACUGAAAAUACUGGAGUUUUAAAGAGAACUGUUUAAAUUUGUUAAACAGAAAAGGAGUUUUAUUGACACAUUCUGUGUGUGUGUGAGGUAUAGAUUAUUUGAUAAGACUGGGGGUGUAAUGAUUCAUCAUGUAUUGAUGAAUUGUGAUAAUUUCUUUACAUGGUAUAGCGUAUCGUAAUAGAAGUAUGUAUCGUUUGUAUCGUGAUUCAAGACCAAACGCAAAACAUAGCUCAUUGUAGAUCACCAAAUGGUUCUUGAAUAAAGAAAGUGUGUUUUAUAGUUGAUAUGGAUACAUACUCUCCCUAUCUUAAUUAAUUUUUGUCUUAGCAAAGUGGUCCAUCAUUAAAUUUGAUUUAAUUAUAUCUUAUACAAGUAGCUAAUGAGGACAAUUACAUGUAUUAGUUACAUAUCGCAAUACGUAUCGUAUCAUGAGAUUAGUGAAUUGCUACACCCCUGGAUAAGAUGGUUUGACUUACAAAAAGUGCUUAGUUUAUUAAUGUAUGGAUCCCCUAAACUGGUAUCAGUUGGGUCCAUGUGAAGACAGAUCAAAAUAAAUCCUCUUGUUGACACAUCUAAACAUUCUGUACAUUGCUAAUGAAAGGCAUGCAUAGCUUGUAGUUAGACUGUGCAAUUAAAUCUAAUGUAGGAAAACCAUCCUGAGUUAAAUCAUUCAAACCCCACUUUGUUGCACUUUAUCCAGGAUGAGCACAUUGUGAUAGAAAUAAUGUGUGUAUGCUGUUGGUUUUAUUAUGGUUAAUGGUAAUGUAAUAUAGACAGAUACAUAAACGGGUUUACAAACAGCUAGAAACGCCUGUAAUGUAAAGCUGUUGUGUCCUUCCCAUAGUCACGCUUUACAGACUGAUCAGUGCCAUGUUGACUGCCUGUGGUGGUUAUACACCCUACUGCCAGUGUAACGGGAGGUCGUUCACGUUUGCUGUCCAACCCUUAUAAGGUGGUGGGUUACUUGUAUUGGUACUAUUGUAUUUUUGCCGUUGUUACUGAAACUUAGAUACAUUAAGUCCCCAAAUAAAUUAUAGUGUUGAUUGAAUGAACUGCACAUGUUUCAUUAUAGCUGCUAUUGAAUACAAAAGUUAUGAGAUGCCAAAACAUGCUUUAGUUCAAAAGUAACAAGAAUAUAGAAAUGUCUUGAUGGAAAUAUGUCAGUCACUGCCUGUUCAUUGAUUGCUAUACUUCUUGUUUCAUCUUUACUGGAACUACCAUAAGUGGCACCUGCAUAAAAAAUAACUAAAAAUUGCACACAUUUGCAUAUAUAGGAUUUCGAAAAAAAAAAAAAAAAAAAGCGGAAUAUUGCAAUAGAUAAGUUAAUUU